AUGAGUGGAAGGAACGCGAAGGGAAAGGGUGCCACGAGAAAACGAGGGAACAUUAUCGCAGACAGCUCGUGGUUCGGGUUCUUAACCUUCCACUGGAUCUUCGUCAUAUUGAAUAAGCUAAGGGAAGAAGAUAAUUUCAGACUCCCAAAAAUAGAAGAAAAUGACGCGAUUGAAUACAACACAUAUAAGUUGGAGAAACAUAUGAGAGGAGUUAAAAAGAGGAAGAAACAACAUGGUAGUGGUACAGUGAACCCAAAUGAAGAAUCUCAUCAAAACAGGCUGAAUGGAAUAUCAAUAGAAGCGACUUACUACUCGGUGCAGAAGAAAGGAAUCACCUUGGCCCUGCUGAAAACGUUUAGAAAACAAUUAAGUUGUAUUACCUUCUUCUAUGUGAUUCACACGAUUCUUCUCAUUUUUGUGUCUCUGUGUAUUGAGAACUAUAUCCUUCUAAUAAAGGGACAGGGGAUGGCUUGGAUCCCUUUCGUUCAGGAAUACAAAGAAAUCGCAUUUGGUCUCUUCCUAAUUGCAGUGAUAUGCUUCAAUUUGUUUUUCGAAGCGAUUUUAACAUUCUUUGAUUACCGAUUAAGGCUAAACAUGGAAAUCACGCUGAUGUAUUUUUUGUAUAAGAUAAAUUUGGCGCACUUUCGGGGCAGAUUAAGCAGCUCACCUUAUGUCGGGGUGGGAGAUGUGCAGGACGCCAUCCCCAUCUUAGCAGCGGGGGGGGACAACAACGAUGAGGCGUCAAAAGGGGCGGAGGAUUCCGGCCCUCUCGGGAUGAAGGGGACAAAUGGGGAGCUAAAGGAAGAGACAAAGAGAGGGACCAAGGGUGUAAACCGCCACUCCGUGCAAGUGGAGGGGGUCUCGAGCGACCGGGCUGGUGGUGAGCCCAUCUCCUGCCCGUCGUUCGCGUGCCAGCCGGUUGCGGGAGACUCGAUUGCGGGAGACGCUGCUGUGAAGGAACCCACCCGAGGGGGAAAUAAACACGGAGAGCCUCCGCACAGUGUUGGUUCGAAGCGAGAAGUACAAAUCGGUGAUCCUCAGUUGGGAGCGUUACCCAAGGGGAAAAUUAUCAAAACGCAGGAGCCAUACACACUAGCCAGCGGUGAAGACAGCGAAUGGUCAGAAGGGCCACCACCCCACGAAGGAGCAGAAAAAACAGAAAGCGACUUGUGCGAUAUCAGCAUCUACAAUAUCAUGUUCGUCGAUACUCCCUUCAUCAUUUACUAUAUCAGUUCUAUGAUCGAUCUCUGUAAUAUUGUAAUAAAAUUUUGCCUCUCUUUCUACAUGUUUUACUGCAAGAUGGGUAGAGAAGCAAUAGCAAAUGGAAUCCUCCUUAUCCUAUUUCUAUACAGUCUCAUGUUCGCCUUUGAGCUCGCUUCCAGUUUGUUCAAGAAAAAACAUCUCCGAUGUAGAGACGCUCGGAUAAAUAACAUGCAUCACAUUCUGCAGGAGUACAAAUUGAUGAAGAUGUUUAAUUGGGAAGCCAUCGCAUUCGAUUAUGUGAAUAGACACAGAAAAGAAGAGAUGAAAAUCUGUUCUCUAAGAAUAUACCUCAGUUCUUUGAGCAGCUAUAUGAAUGCUAUCUCAAUGAAUGUCAUAGAAGUCGCCAUUUUCUUUAUCUUCAUGAGAGGACAGUUAAAUAGCAAUAAGCCAAUAAACGUGAGCUCCAUCAUCAGUCCUUUGUUUUUGUACAAAUCACUCAUUGCUGGUAUGUCUAACUUCCCCAAUUUUAUUAAUAACUUACUUGAGGGGACGAUCAACAUAGGGAGACUUAACAGGUAUAUACACCACUACAUGUUUCACAGCGAGGGAAGCGAGCUGAAGGAGGAUAGCCAGAACCAUCAAGGUCGUGGCUACUCCGGGGGGCGUCACCACCAGAUUGCCAUCCACCCCUCCGCCACUCCACGGGGCCAAAACAGGAGCAUCGGCGAGGAUAGCGGCGGAAAUAGCGGCGGGAAGAACACUCAGAAUCGCGGCUGGAACAACCACUGUGAGGACGCCAACUGGAAGGACUUCUUCAAAUAUAUGUUUUUCAACAAAGGGUACAGAAAGACCGGCGCGGAUAAGAGCAGUAGUCACAGCACCCACUACCAUUGCAGCAGCGACCAGGGGGGUAGGCAGAGGGGCGACCGCCCCGGGGGGGAUGCACCUGUAGGAAUAGCAGCGGGGGGAGCAGCGGGGGGAACAGCGGGGGAAGCCGCAAAUGCAGCCGGGAUGGAAGCCCCCAAAGCUACCGCUAUGACUGCCGCAAAUGCAGUCGGGAUGGCCGCUCCAGUGACGGUCGGGGCGGGUGCGGGCCACCACCCCGGGGACGUGAUUUUAAAGAUGAGCAGGUGCUACUUCACUCGGGAGAAGGCGCCCACGGGAAGGGAUCCACAUCUCAGCGGCAAUACAAGCCGCGAUGCCAGCCGCGAUGCCAGCCACCACCCCAGCUGCGACCCUCGCGCGGGAGACGCGCUGCUUAAGAACGUCAACCUGACGCUGAAGAACAACACCCUGGUGGUGAUUCUUGGAAAUGUGGGGUCUGGGAAAACGCUCUUUUUUAACUCCCUGUUGGGGAAGCUGAGGCUGUCGCAUGGGAGCUGUUACGUGAAGAGCUUCGCCCACGACAUGCCCGUUAUGUAUGUGCCACAGUCCUAUUGGAUAACCAUCGGGACCAUCCGAUCUAUGAUUCUCUUUGGAAAUCGAUUCGACCCCUUUCUCUACUAUCGAGUCAUUCAGCAGAGCGAGCUCCUAAAUGAUAUGAACACAUUUAAGAGGAAGGACUUAAGAUACGUUAAUGACGAACACAGUCUCAGCAAAGGACAGAAAGCUAGAAUCUGUUUAGCGCGGGGUCUGUACCAUCAUUAUAUACACAUGAGUGACCUGGUGAUGGAUUACGAGAGAGAUGUGAGGAUAAAUAAGAAGUGGCGUGAAAGAGUCCCCAAAGAAGGUCUGAACAAAAGGGGGAGCUGCUUAUCUACAGGGCGAAGUCGUGGAAGUAACGAUAGCGGGUGGCACCCCGAGAGAGAGAAAACGAAAAGGCGCUUCGUCAAAAGGGAUACAGAUCAUGUAGGAAAAGAAGCAACCGAUGAGCAGCAUGAUGAGGCAACUUCUUCACAGGAGAAGAAGUACCAGCUAAACGACGUGGACAAUUCGACGAACUAUACCCUCAACACGACGAAUAUGACGAAUGUGUCGAAUGUGACGAAUGUGACGAAUGUGAAGAAUGUGACGAAUGUGAAGAAUAUGACGAACAUGUAUUCAUAUAAUAGUCGAGGGAAGAAUGCAAAAGGGGAAAAGACACACGACGAAGAGCAGAAAUACCAUUCCGAAAGCAAUAGCGGUGUGAUUAUCGGACCAGAAGGAGAAAUGUACACAAAGCAUCAUAGUGACCUCUUCAAGAAGAACUCUCUUCUAAGGGACUGCCUGGACGAGGAGCAGAUCUCCUACCUCUACCUCCUGGAUGAUCUCUUCUGUGCAUUGGACCCAUGCAUAUCGAAGAAUAUCUUUUAUAACCUUUUCUGUAGUAAAGAGAACGUGGAGGAGUUUAAGGCGAACUGCGGAUUUGUGCUCACCGCCAACGAGAACAUCUGGAAUAGCUUCCUAGAAGACGACCUCCUUCGCGACCUUCAAUACGGUGUGGAGAUUUAUCGCCUGCAGAACCGCACGCUGGUGUACGAGGGGGACGUCCAUGCUUACAUGAACAAGAAUGGGAUCGUGGCGCAGCCCGGGGAGCGCUCCAACGAGGGGUCCUCUCCGAGGGCAGCAAAUGGAGGAGUCGCAGCUCACAACAGCACGAGCAAAAUGCUGGAGUUCUUCUCACACCAACAGAGCGGAAACAAAAAUAACAGCCACAAGAGCGACAUGAGGUAUCAGAAAUUUGUGACUCUGAAGGAGCUAAAGAGUACCUACUUGUUCAGAGUGGAGCCGCUGGACUCUCUGUCUCUGCUUGAGGUCGGGCGAAAGUACACCAGAGUGACGCAGAACUACGUGGAGAAGCGCGACGAGCAUAGGAUGAAUACUUUCAGCAGCAUGAGUUUUAGUAGAUUGAAGAGCCUCGGCAAAGAAGCGACCAUCAGUAACUACGCGGAGGUGCUAGUGAAGAGGAGAAGCUGUGGCGAUAGUACACACAACUACAACUGCAACCUCUCCUUCCAGCAGGACGAUAAAAUAACGCUGAACGAGUUUGAAAAAGUGAACAAAGUGCUGCAGGCACAGCUGAAGGGUAACUACACAUACGAAUAUUUGGGGAACCAAGAAAACGGAGAUGAAGGGGAAGAAGAAGAGCUUCGAUUUAAGGGGAACAUCAAAUGGGAGACCUUCGUUUGGUACCUGUGUAUGAUAGGCAAGCCCCUCAUAGCAGUGAUACUAUUCUUCAUGAUAGCCUCUAUCUUUACAGACGAGAUCAAGAACAUGCUACUCUUUAUGACAAGCACGUUGAUCAGAAGUGAAAAACAGAGUGACUCGGAAAUAUUAAGAAAGCAGCUAGUCUAUUUGAAGUUCUUUGUUCUUCUCCCAUGCGUCUCUUUGGUCACUACGUUAAUUUCAUUUAUGCUGAUUUCACGCGGCAUAGCAAUAUCAGCUACCAGAGUUCACACACAAGUGCUGAGGAGCAUUCUCUAUGCCCCUAUCCACGCCUUCUACAGCAAUAACCUGGGAAACAUAAUCAAUCGAUUGAUCACAGAUAUUAAUGUUCUGGAUAAUGGAAUCAUCAAGAGGAUAUACAAAACGUUUUACACUUUCUUUCGUUUUCUCUUUACCAUCUUUCUCCUGAACUAUAUGGUUUAUUCCACUGUCUAUGUCUUCCCGCUGAUCCUCCUUAUGAUAUACUUUUGCGUGUUCCAGAAAUAUUCUAGGGGGUGUAAGGAAGCCCAGCGAGGAUACCUCAGUAGCCACGCCCCUCUCUGCACCAUCUACAGUAAUACCUUAAUAGGGAAGGACAUCAUUAACCUGUACAAGAAGAAUAAGCACUUCCUAGACUUGUAUACAAAACGUGUCUUUGUUUUUCAGAAUUACGCCAUUUUUAAGUGGUGCUUAACGAUAUGGGCCUCCCUCUAUGUUCAGCUCAUCGUGUUAUGCCUCACCGCUUUUUAUAUCAUUUACCCCUACGUUUUGCAUCCGUACCUUGGGAACAAGCAGGACACUAACUUCAUGAACGAGGAGAAAAAUGCGAGCACCAUUGGAUACUGUAUCACCUUUUCUUGCAGCUUAGGGUUUAUCAUAAAAUCCCUGUUGUAUGACUACACGCACGUGGAGAAGGAGAUGUGCAGCACGCAACGCCUGCAGGAGACCUCGCAGAUGAUAAACGAGCCGAUGGGCUACGGCGACGAUGGGGGUGAGGCAAGCCGAAUGGAAGAAAACCGCGUCAAGGAAAAUCGAAUGCCAGGAAACCGCGUCAAGGAAAACUCCGUACCGGAAAACUUCGUACCGGCCAAGUGCCCACCCGACAAAGCCAAGUAUGGGCUCCACUUCGAAAACGUCUUCGUCAGCUACAAAAAGAAGAUCUUCAUCGACAAAUCGCGCAACCUCUACUACUACGCGAAUGACAAGUCCUGCCUGCGAAAUAUGAACAUAUGCGCGCUCAAGGGGCAGAAAAUCGGCAUCGUCGGCAGGUCGGGGGCAGGAAAGAGCACCACCAUCCUGUCCGUCCUGGGCCUCAUCCCCACCACGAGGGGGACAAUAUCCAUCGAGGGCAGAGACAUCAAGACCAUGACUCUGGAGGAAAAAAAAGGCAUCAUUGGUCUCCUCCCUCAGUCCUCUUUCGUAUUCUUUCACUGGAACAUACGCACGUAUAUAGACCCUUACAGCAACUUCACAGACGACCAAAUAAUGGAUGCCUUUAAAUUAAUCGGCAUCAAUCUACGCAGGGACGAUUUGUACAAAUAUAUCUACAAACAGAAGAAGAAAUCGUCUCACAAGGAUAGAGCAAUCACUAACGGAACGGACAAGUGCAACAAGAGUAGUAAGUCUUCCACCGUAGCAAACUUUCUUUCCGUCUCGGAUGACUGCAUUCGUUACUUAGCUUUGGUGCGGAUCUUCCUAAACAGACACACGUACAAGCUCGUACUCAUCGAUGAGAUCCCUGUCCUCAACUUAAAUUUGAACAACAGCAAUGCCAAUAACUUUUUCUCCAGAGACGUGAAAUCCUUUGAGUAUAUCAUACGAAACUACUUCUCGCACAUCACUGUGUUGAUCAUCGCUCACGAUGCGAGCACGCUCUCUUGCUGCGACGUAAUUUACGUCAUGACCAAGGGCGAGGUCUCCUACAAGUGCAGCUACUCCGAGAUCAAGACGCAGGCGGCGCUCGCCGCGCUGAUUCAGAAGCAGACGGAGUGA